AUGGCUAAGCACACCAAGAAGGUCAGCAUUGUCUUUAAAUAUGGGACCCACUGUGGAGCCUACCUCCAGAAAAUGGUGAAGAAAAUUGAAGUCAGUCAGCACCCCAAGUACACUUGCUCCUUCUGUGGCAAAACCAAGAUGACACGACAGGUUACAGGGAUCAGACACUGUGGUUCCUGCAUGAAAACGGUAGCCAGCAGGGCCUGGAACUACAACACAACUUCUGAUGUCAAAAUCAAGUCUGCCAUCAGAAGACUGAAGGAACUGAAGGACCAGUAG